AUGAACUUGUUAGUUUUGUUAGGAAAACCCGUAUACCGCCGCUGGUUUCUAGAUGGCAGUGAUCCAGAUGUGAGGUUAGUGGGGUUAUAUGUCUCUAGUUUGUUCAAUGUUGGGGGCGAGACGAGGGGGGGUUGGGGGGUGGGGGCGGAGGCUUGGCGUUUUAUGCCUUACCCCUACUUUCGUAUUUCAAAAGAUUUUAUACGACAACGACUUCCCUUCUUAGUUCUCUCUAACUCUUAAAUAAAUUUUCAGAUUAACCAUUGUCUCUUUCAUGAUGACAUCCAGGUUUCAGCAUCGCCACAAAACUUAUGCAUUUGCAUUUCUGACUGCUGCAGGUGGCAUUACACUCAUAGCGUUGACUGGUUAAUUUUUGUCUCAUAACUUAGGAUUCGAGGGUAAAAUAGUGCCUUGCAUGUUCCUAUGACAGGUAAUUCUUUUAUUCACAGCUAGAUUCUAUUCAUUGGUUUUUGUCAUCUUACAGGUAUUUUGGUACCGUUAACCAUACUGAAGGCUGGUGUCCCGGAAGCAAAGCGGCCACUUUCAGUCAGAAUGGUUCCUAUGCUACUGUCCCUAACAUUAACAUAACAACCUGUGACUUUACAAUUGCAUUUUGGGUAAAGUAUAUUGGUGUUCACGGGCCUAUAAUGGCGCUUUGGUCAAAGGGUGGAAAACUAUUUUACGUGACGGUCAAGAAUUCCCGACUCAUUCUAUCGAUACACAACACUUCCCACUUACAAAUCAAUUACUGGAAUCACGUAGCAGUAACCUGUCAGCUGCAUAAGAUCAAGGUGUUCGUUAAUGGUACGGAGGAGGCACUGAUAGACCAAUGGAAUGAGUAUUUCUUCUCAUCGUUAGGCCGUUAUCAGCCAGAGUACAUCAUAGGGAAUGAUCCGGGUUUAGUCCGGAUGCCAAUGGCAAAUGGGGUGUUUGUUGGAGCAGUCAUGGAUCUUUACGUGACUGGAAAAGCUUUAUCCGUGAAGCAGAUUGGUGACUUAAUCAAAGGCAAGAGUAGUAUCUAAAAAAAUGCACUUAAUUAUUUGAGUGUUGAUAUAUUUAGUACGAAAGUACUAAUUGGGGACACUAUUUUUAUUUUGCCAUUUGCCGACGGUACGACGUCGGACAUCGAGGAGGCAGCACCAGAGAAAUCAUUUACUGACUUGAGUGACAAUGAGAUUGAAAUUGAAAUUGAAAUUGAAUAAGUACUAAUAAGAGACUUCCCCGAAAGAGUUUUCUUCAGAGUAUUUUACAGAAACCUUGCUUUGUUACAUCUUCGCGUUUUGUUAUUGCCAUUUAUUGUUUUGUUCCAAAAUAAACAUACUAAACUUGCUGAAAAUGGUGAAAAUUUAGUAAGCGCCUAGCUUCGAGUAAACGCCCUCCUCGAAUAAGCGCCCUCUGUCAAGUUUCAAAAAUUAAUUACAGGCAAAUUUAAGUAACAAAAUCAUUUUUUUGUGUGCUUAUUGUCACAUUCAAGGGACCUCGGUCUCGCAGGAAUUAACCAAGAACUCUUUUUAAAGGACUCAACGCAUGCGCAUAAUUAUAUCAGUUACUUAAGAUGGCGUCGGUGAGCUGGUUGUUAAUUGUUCGAGUUUAAUAAGUUGUUAGAUAGUUUUGUAGGUUUCGUAGUGUACCUUUUUACAUUCAUCUAUCAAUGCAAAAAAAUCGAUGGAAAUCACUAAAUAAUCAUAGUAUUAUUCUCAUUAUUUAAAGGCAAACCAAUUACACCCGUGAUAAACAACAAAGAGUCGGAAAUACAUGGUUGCAAAGUCAAUGUAACGUGGAGUAGAAAAGAACUAUGCACCAUAACGAAGAGCACUGUACGGUAUAGGGAGAUAAAGCCACUAGGCAAUGAAGCUGAAUGGGAAGAAUUAACGGUUCCUGCUACCACCUUUCGUCUUUUACCUCUGGAAUGCGACAAGGGGUAUGAAAUUGGAGUGUCUUCCUGGUUUGGAGAAGUUCAAAGCGACUGGUCAGUUUCUUGGAAAUUUAAAACCCGCUCUGAAGGUGCGACAUUACCCUAUGUAUGUCCAAUAGCUGAUAGGAAUUUGGUAUAGACACUAAACCAUAAUCACUCAAACCUAUGCGAACGCCCAUAAACUGUACACUUCUAGAGAAGCUGGCACCCGCUUCUGCUCCCUCAGAAGCAAGCCACGUAGACAGUAAAACAAACGACGACGGAAUUUACCACAUGAAAGUCUUUAGAUGUUUCAAGAACAGCAACAAAAAUGAACAGAUAAGCCUCCGCUUAUGGGAAGCUAAUCUGUAAUUUUCAUACUUUUAGCGAUCGUUCUCCUUCAAAUAGCCUGUCAUGACGUUUUAUGUUUACAUUUUUCAUGGCCAUCUCGAUCGUUCAACGAUCGUUCUGUUUUCAAAGAUAUUACAGAGAUGACGUCAAUGCAAUAAUUCACAUUGUUGACAGGAGAAAUUAUUGUUUUUUGGUUCAUUUUGUUACGUUUUGUUUCGUUUUGUUUUUUUUGUUUAUUUUUUCCUUUGUAGAGGAAAUUCUAAAGAAAGAUUUGACGGACGAAAAUUGUCAUAUGAUUAUCAUUUGCCUUUUUCCUGGAAAAAUAACUUAAUUUGGAAAGUUCUGGAAGCUGCUCAAAAUUGGAGGAUAUGGUGACUGAGAAAUAGCUUCUUUGAUUUAAUUUCCUCGUGUAAGGAAAUACGUCUUUCAUCUGCUCCAGUAAACCUUUUCAUGAGGAGAGCCCCGGGAGCUUCAGCAGCUACGACGGCGACAGCGGCGAAAACGAACUCACGCUUUUUCAAACUUUAUCGCUCUUACUUCGGGUCCAUUUCGUUUAAGUUGCGAAAUGUUGCCCGAUAUUCAUAAGGGUUAAAUUCUAAAGAAUUGUAUAUCAGUUUGGAAAAGAAAAUCGCUCUCAUGUGUUCAAAUCCUCCAUAAACGUAAAACUUGACAGUCUCACGCCGUGGUCGUAUAAUGACGGCGAAGAACCGGAACGUUACUAAAACGGGGAAAGGGGAGCAGAGAACGAGAGCAAGGGGAACGGGAAAAUGAAAAGUGGGGAACAAACAGAGAAUUGGAAAUGAAUUUACCGAGUGGGCUAGGGUUGAAGUUAGGUUUUGUUCCCAUUUUUCAUUUUCCUGUUCCCCGUGGUCGUUCACUGUUUUAGUAACAUUCCGGAGAACUGUAUAAAAAAGCGUGUUGCACGUGCAAAGUUGUUGUUCUGCUAAUACCGCUGACAAACCAAACGCGUUCACGUUUUUGCCCUUCUCGUUACCUUUUCGCUUCACCGAAAACGUCUGCCAUUACUCUUGUUAUUGUAAUUAUUCUGAUUUACGCUCUCCGAAAUAUAAUAGGAAUGAUAAGAACAAUAAAAAAAAUAAGAUUAUACGCCAUUCGUAUAUAUUUGUAUUCCAGAACAAGGUUAAUCGAACGAAUCCUAAACAGGUGCCCUAAUCCUGAAUAUACGUACGUUACAUUCAGGGUAACUAGAAUCAUCCAAAAAUACCGCUUUUUUAUAGCGAAUGCGAACAACUCUCCUCAUACAUCAUAGCAAUCAUGCCGCCAAACAAGCAGAUAUUCGAUUAUUUACAUAAGCUUACUUCUUCACGCGAUCGUACGAAUUGAUCUGCCGGCACUCAGCAACUGAACUGACCCGUAGUUCUCUUAAACCCGUAGUACACGCUCUAGCUUAUCAUUUUCUUUAACUUCUUCUUCUUACUUUUUAAACCAUUCUUCAACAGCCAAGGGUUCAUCGUCAUAUACCAUGUAAUUUUCCAGGCUUUCAAAUUCUGAAGAACGAAGUGAUCCCUUUCAAAGAAGAGCUCCCAUCUCUUAAAUAAGCCGCCCCGGGUGCUACUUAAACAUUAAAGCUACUUUUUCAAUGAUGUGUAUAACUGUUACAGUUCUUAGCAUUAACGAUUGCUAAUGAUCCUACAGGAGGCUCCCCUAUCGCCAAAAAUGAUACUGCAAAGAUUGCCUGGAUAAUGCUGGGAGUUUCCGUGGCUCUCUCUGCUGUGGUGGUGGGGAUAAUUGUCUGCCGUAAGAGAGCAAAGAGGAAUGAUAAACGGUAUUUCAUUCAAAUGAUAAUAUCACUCAAAUUUAGAAUAUUAUUCUUUGUUGCUGAAUUGUUCCAUGAUAAAGUGUCUGGGCAUGUCUAUCUGGUGUCGUACUCACUCCCAAGAAACAACUGACCUUUCUUACAGGCCAAGGCAGUGUAACUUUUGACUAAAUUUUAUCAACUAGGAAGCCGUCCCUGAUUUAAGCGCUACCACAAGCCCAUGAUUAAUUACGAGAAAUUUCAUUGACAUUUAAUUUGCACUUUGAUCCAGUGAGUCUGACAUUGCUGAGUUUAUGUUGCUGGAAGUCCCACACGAGCGGGUUACUAUCAUGGAGGAACUGGGACGAGGCGCUUUUGGAAGAGUUUAUAAGAGCGUGAUGAGGGGGAUACCUGAAAAGAAUACAUCCUCGAAACCCAAGGAUCAUAGUUUGGAUUCACAUGAGGGACGUAUUGUUGCUACAAAAGUUCUACCAGGUGCGUGAAUGCAGAGUAUGGCAAAAAGAUAACUUACUCUUUCAGCAAACGCUAUUCACGGGAGUGAUUCUUAUUAAUAACAGGCAAGAGAGCCUCUCUUGUAACAGGUUUGAAUUAUUUAAUCCAAUAGAUGGCAAACAUUAUAUCGUGGAAAACAGCAUCUCAAUGCCCCAGUUGGUAACAGUGUGAUGUACCUCAGAGGCCCAUUUUAAAUCCUUAAAUUUUGUUUUCUACUUAUAUUAAUUAAUGACCUCCCUGAAUGUUUGCAAUUCACCACACCAUUUGCAAUGAAUAAAUUACUGUAGACAUAAAAACCUUCAGUGAGAUCAGAACGUUGAUAAGGUGUGCUCCAAGGUUAGUCGUGUUAUAAGUGGUCUUAACCAAGCUCGAGAUUAUGUCACAUUAAAUGUACUAAAAAGUAUAUAGCGCUUAAAUCGAUGCCCGUGUUCAAGCGAAAACCGAGCGGACAUCUUUUAACAAAACCACACACAUAUAAAAAAUGCAAAACAGAGCAGGCUGCAUGAUCACUUCUCAGGGCUGUGACAUGAUAACAGAUUAAUCUUUUUAAACCAAUUCAAAAUGUUAGUGCAUGCCUUCGUAAUGUGUAGAUUGGUCGUUCUCUCAGGGGCACUUAACGUCAAUAUUCGGAAAUUAUCUGUUCGGAAGAUGAUUUGAGAUCUAGAAUUUUCGGAACAUUUGUUGUAAAAUUUCUUGCUUGCCUGCCUCUCCUAGGAUUUUCCAACUUUUAACGAAUGGUAUAAUUGCCCAUUUUUAACGCAUUUUAAAAAGGUCACCUAGAAUUUUCGGGAACCUUUUUCCUGGUUUAAAUUUUCGAAAAGGUAAUAAGCUUUGAUCCCUAUAAUUUUCGGAACACUAGUCAAGGCUCUCAGCUAGGAAAUCCGGACAGAUGAAAUAUUUUUAAGAGAUAAAAAUAUGCCUAUAUCUACCGUUUAAAUACUAAAUACGCUUAACAAUGCUAUGUUUAAGUGGUUUUGAACUAUAUCCUCGUUGGGUGCCCCUAGUUCUCUUAUGUAAUCUUUCGAAAUACGUUAUUUACAUGUUUCAGUCAUCACUUGAGAACUUUAUCUGAUCGUAUGUGGUUGCAAAUAUGACCAGGUUAUUGCUUUACUUACUAGAGAACUACAUUCAUUUGGCUUCCCUUGGAGCACGAGUGGCGGAAUUUUAAACUAUUUAUGUCCCUUCCAUAUUCAUCAUUUGUUUCAAACUUACAAAACUGUUAGGAGUUCACCAUCAUCAACCAUGAACUUGUUAAUUGAUGACACUCAGAUCAAGGCUAAAAUUUUAUCGGGCGAUAAUGCUUUUUCGUUUUGUCCCUAAACUUUGCAAUGAUUCUCCAUAGCAGAUAGAGUGUAAAAUGGAGUUUGAAUAUUCGUUCUUCUAAGAGCAAUCUUAGUAAAAGCUUUAAAAACCUCUAAGCGUUAUUUUUAUUUCGUAGUUUUGUUUAACAAUUUUUUUUUUAUUUUUUAAUGUUACGAGUUACUGCUUUCUAGUCGUUUAAGUUGAAAACAUUUAUUGUAAAGAGCCUUCGAGCUUGCUGAUGAUAAUGAUGACGAUGACAGUGAGCCGAAAACCCUUCAUGAAACCCAUCUACACAAGCACACUAGGAUGUCCCUGUCUAUGCAGAGUCAAUGGAAGUGAGCCAAUUGGAUAGAUACGUUAGGAUUACAAAAUUAAUGUACACUCAAGGAACUCAAGGAAAGUCAUAUUAUUGAAGAUGAAGAGCCCCUGGAUCGAGAAUAGGGAAGCAAUUAAAGAACACAAAACGUGGCGUCUAGUAUAGAAUUAAAGAAACAAGUUUCCGGACUAAAAGAUCAUCCAGCAUUACAUCAUGUUACAUGUUGUGCUUGGUGAUCGCUAGAUGAAGAGAACUAACGGUUUUUCUUUGAGACUUUGUUUUAUCUACGUCACUUAACUUAGGGAACCAAUUAUUUAACAAAUAGAUUUUUUCUCAAGCAGAAAUUAGGACCUGAGCCAUUGACUGUGUUUUAUUUUCAUAGGUUAAGUGUACUUUCAUUUUAAUUAGUUCUUUUUAUCUUUACAUCUGGUUUUAGUUGUUUAGUACUAACUGAUAUCGUGUAGCAUUUACGUAGGUCACGGUUACUGGAUUUUUUUUUCAAUGUCUUUCUUUUUCUUCAGAAAAUGCCACGGAGGAGGACAAACGGCAGUUAGUUCGGGAAAUUGAGCUGAUGAAGGAAGUCGGAACACACCGUAAUAUUGUGAGCAUGCUCGGGUACUGGAUCCAAUCACAUCCCAUCAUGUUAAUCAUGGAAUAUGUUCCAAACGGAGAUCUUCUUCAGUGGCUCAGAAACAAAAGGCAACAGGUAUCAUUACUUUAUCAGCUGUGUCAAUGAAAAUUUGCUGCCCUCUUUUUUGCCCUUUGUUUAAAAAUAAAAUACCUGCUCUCCAUUCGCAAUAGUACUGCGCACAGGUAGUAUUAUAGAACUCAAACUCAGACAAACAAAUUCCUUAUUUCUGUUUGUUUUUUUGCCAUUAAAUGUCAAGUUUCUCUGACUUUUGUCAUAAAAAAAAACAAAAAUGGCAGAUUUCAGAAAAACAUUGCAAAGUAGUCACUCUGACGUCAUUAGUAUUCUGUGCUGCACUUUAAUUUUCUAAUGAUCAUCCUGCUGCGUGUGUUUUUUUCUUACAUUGUGUGGUCUCUUAAGGAGCUUUAAGGCAGAAGGAAAAUCCUCUAUCUCAUCACACGUCUAAGAACCAUCGUCUUCGUUAAAAAUAAUAAGAUGCUAACCAACUUGAUAUGAGAAUUUGUACAUGUUACCUAUAAUUUAAGUUCUCAAAGACAGAGGUUCACUUAAAAAUGUAGGUAUAAAUGCAACCGGACAUUUGUAUUUUCCCAAACGCGGUUUAUACAGCCAGACUGUUUAGAUGCUAUUCAUGUAUUCGUUAAACAAAGAUCGGUAAAUACACAAAAAUAUGUGUUCAUAAAGUCAGUAAAGUUAAGCUUGCCCCGGUAGGAUCAGUUAAGGUUUCCGGAAACUGAAAUCCCUCCCUAAGCCACAUUUUACCUAAGUGAGAAGGUAGUGUUGAUGUUGUCUUUGGGGAGGGGUAGGUUGUGAGAAAAAAAAAAACUUGAAGAGCGUUUCCCCAGGGGUUAUCCCACCCGAUAGGAUGAGGAUCUCCAUCCUUAAAUAUGGUAUCCUUGUUGCCCUUAUUGGCGCAAUGUUGCCGAUAGGGUACCGUUAUUCUAUCAGGUAAAAUUCACAUUCGUUAAUGCCCAACACACGAGAAACAAAUCAUAGAUCUGUUAGAACUGAACUUUACCCUUGAGCUGAUUAUAUUAGGAGCGCGAUUUAAGGAAGUUUUUUUCUGUUUCCAUUAAUUCUUAGGUUUUGUUUUUCUUAAACUGGGCCUCAUUUUCCACGUUUGGGUCUUGAAUAGGAUAUUGAUUUUCGCUUGUCUCAACUCUUCGAAAUUUUUUAGAGACCCCCCCCCCCCAGGUGGGCGUUAACCUUUUCUGGUCAGAAUGAAUCACAGGAUUACUAAUAAUGGAGCUACGCUAUUGUUUGAGCAUGGUAACAAGACAAGAAUAGUUUACUUCAACGAACGCGUUUCAUUCUAAUAAUUUGCUUAUUUUUUUAAUAUUUUCCCAUGUAUUCACCGUAAUUGAGCUCCGACAUUUGAUAAACCGUUCUUGAUUCGAGUUGACAAAGGGCGUCCAUUCAAAAUGCCCGUCAGCUUUUCGAUCCACGGUCUUUCAUUGGUGGCAAGAUGAGUUCUUCAAAUCAGUUGAUAACAUCAGAGUUUUUCUUUUUACCCUCCGACCGACGUAGUAGAAAAGUGUCAUCAAAAUAUUUUGGUGGAGAUAAUGAUUGUCCUUCCCGUAAGCCCUGUACGAGAUAUGACGUCACAAGUGGCAUUAGGUCAAACCUAAUAUCAAGAAGCACACGUCGCGUUUUUUGGGACUGUGUAUUUUAAAAUGUCAUAGAAAAUUGUAACAAAGCAGAAGAAAAGCUUUGUUUCUAUUGCAGUUUAAUCCAUUUGAAUUUUCCGUGGACGAUUUAAAGAAAGUUGGCCCAUAAGGUAUUCCCGGCUGGAUUUUUAGUUUAACGUCGGUUAAGUAAUCUUUCAAUUCACAUGGAUUCCUUUUAAAUGGGUAAAAAUAUUUCGGCUAACCAACUGAUAGUGUUGAAAUUGUUUCUGCUGACAAAACCGUUUCAUGAUCAGACGGAAUUCAUUUCAAUAUUUUUUUGCAGCUUACAAUGAAAAAAAGUCGGCAAAGUGAUGUCGUUGAAAGGCUUAAGCCUCCUGUUCCUGAGAGGCCGAAAUUGGUGUCCAGGAACCUGCAAACAAAAGAUGUCCCGGAUGAAAACCUGAAAGAGGAGAACAGGGGAAAAGGGAAUGAAGAAAGUGGAAAAGACGGUGGUUGUCAUUCCAACGGGGCGAAGGAAAUUAAAAUCGACCUGGACGACGUUGAAAGAGGAAUUCCAAUCAACGAUGCUCCUCGACGUGAGAUGGAACCUUCUUGCUUAAACCCGGGUUACGAAGAUGACAAGGAGGAAGAAGAAAGUGACGAUGUCAACACGUCAUUUCAAGAAAAUGAAGGGCGAAAGGAGUCGGUUACGUCGGUGAUGGUGUUACCUUCGAUCAGUAUUGCCCAUUUCUCCAAAGAAAAAGAGCUUACUCCCGCUGAGCCUUUAAGAAACGUCGAAGAAAAGACUACCAUCGAGAAAGAAGAAGGCAGCUGUGAGGGCAAGGAAGAUGAUGAAGAAGACAUUUCUGGGAAAGAAGUUCUAUGUUAUGCGUGGCAGAUUGCUAAAGAGAUGGUAAGAACUUUUUCGACUGAAGAAUGUCUU